AUGUUGUCAUUGGCAAAUUUAAGACAAAGUUUAAUAAAACCCAAUGUAUCUAAAACGAUAUUUACGUCGAGUUUAAGACAAAGUAGUAACACCGAUGAUAUAAUUCUAGAACACAAGGACAUUACCAAAGACCGAACUGAAAAAAUUCCCGUUGAAACUAGCAUUAGAUACCUGAAGAGUCUUGCCUUUGAGAAAACGUACGAAGGGAAGCCGGUGUGGGUUCUGUACAGAAGAAAUCACAAGGGAUUGUUUCCGCCCAAGAAAACCAGAAAAACCUGUAUAAGAGCUGGCCAAAUAUCUACUGGCAACCCAUGUCCGAUAUGUAGAGACGAAUACUUAGUACUGCACGAAAAGAAUGUCGACUUGCUAAAACAAUUCAUUUCCCCACAGACUGGAAGCAUUCUAAGCUAUUCCAAAACGGGUUUAUGUCAAAAGAAGCAUGAAGAACUUAUAGUGGCGAUCAAACGAGCUUACGAUAGGGGAUUAAUCACAUUUGAUGUGCCAUUUAGGAAGUACGAUUACUCAGAUUUCGCUCCUAAAUCGACGUAA